AUGGUGAAAGACAGGGACCCUGGAUCCUUUGCCAUGCUGACCUCCAUCCUGUUGUUGGGGUACAGCGUUGCCUUUUCAGCGGGACAGAAUGACACCGAACCCGUUGUUCUGGAGGGUAAAUGCUUGGUUGUAUGUGACUCGAACCCGUCUGCCGAAGGAGGAGUUACCUCCUCGUUUGGGAUAUCAGUGCGAGCCGCUGGAGCUAAGGUGGCUUUCUCUGCCGUCAGAGGAACAAACCAUGAACCAUCUGAAAUGAGUAACAAAUCCAUGACCAUCUACUUUGACCAGGUGCUAGUGAACAUCGGAAACCACUUUGAUUUAAAGGCAAGUGUAUUUCAAGCACCAAGACGCGGCAUCUACAGCUUCAGCUUUCACGUCGUGAAGGUUUACAACCGGCAGACUAUACAGGUAAACUUGAUGCAUAACGAAUACCCAAUAAUAUCUGCGUUUGCCGGUGAUCAGGACGUCACCCGAGAGGCUGCAAGCAACGGAGUUCUACUUCACUUGGAGCGCGAGGAUAAACUCUAUCUCAAACUGGAGAGAGGCAAUCUCAUGGGCGGUUGGAAGUACUCCACGUUCUCUGGUUUCUUAGUUUUCCCGCUCUAA